UGAAGUUAGUAAUGCGGCCGAAAAAAAAGGUAGCUGCUGCCUGCAAGGCAAUGAAGUGUGUUGGCAUCCCUGAAGAUGAAGUAAAGCCAGCGCUGAAUCAACUUCUAGAAUUGUAUAAUAAGAAGUGGACCCUUAUUGAAGAAGAUGACUAUAAAGUUCUGCUUGAUGUUCUAUUGGAGAAGAAGCAUGAGGAAGACAAGGGCGUAAACUCUAAGCAGGGAGAAGCUGAGCUGCAUGAUGAACCUGAAGUUGUUGAACUUCCAAAAAAGAGAUUGCGCUCAAGACACCAGAAAGAACACACUUCUGCUCGUGUAGCUAACUCCAGAUCACAGCCGAAGAAAGCAUGGGUAAGAAGGGCAAUGCAUGAUGAAACCAAAUCAUCUUCAGACUCUCAAACUUGUUCAGAGCCUGAAGAAUCGGAACCUCUAGUGAAGAGAUUACGCCCAAGACACCAGGAAGGACUGGCUCUGGUCCCCGUGGACAUUUCUUCUGUGGAUAUCUCCAAUUCACUGAUGGUGACUACUCCAUCUAUAGAGGCUUAUCUGGAUAAAACUGAACUUUCUUCAAACUCUCAAAUUUGUUCAGUGCCUGAAGACUCGGAACCUCUAAUGAACUGGUUGUGCAGAAGAAGGAAACAACAGAAAUGUCCUGAAGAUGAGCAGUCUCAAACUUGUGACGAAGUAGAAAUAGUUGAGUCAACUCAACUAAAUGUUGGUAAUGAGCAAAGCAACAUAAAUCCUGUUUCACCGCUGAGACGCCUGAGAAAGAGAUGCCCGGAACCUUAUUCACCUAGAACAAGUCCAAUAAUGGAAGAAAAAGAGUCAUCUCGACCAUAUCAUUGCCACAAAAGGGCUAAGUCCAGUUCUUUAUCAUUUCAAGAGAAAGAAAAGACAUCAGUAACUCCUCAAGUUGCUUUAAUUUCUGAGAGAGGAACUGGUAUUGAGCCCUAUAUGGACCAUACUCCAGUAGAAAAUGUGCUUGAAAUGUAUCAUAACAACUCUUUGGAUCUGCCUAGAGAUGAGCCAUUCACUGAUGACCAGCUACACAAUGAGGUUCCUCUUGCUGUGAUCCUUCCAGCUCUUCCAUGUGUAAGUGGUUCUUCAAAUGAAAAAAGUACUGACGUUGAAGAAGAUGGCUUGAAGUUCCUGGAACCUGAAUCUAUGAAUGAGGAGGACAAAGGUGACUAUGUUUCAGAAGUAUCACAGUUUGAUAUUGCUUCAUCUCCCGAGGGAGGGGUGAAAAUUUCCCUGAUAUGUAACUCUUCUGGGCAGUCUGAUUUUCAUUUUCCAAGUUCGGAUGCAUUUCUAAAAACAGUUGAAGAAAAAAUUCGUAAAUUAUAUAGAAUUACGGAAUCCAACUUCUCUUUGUCGAAGCUGAUGACAGAAUUUUGUGAAUGCUUCUGGGCGUUGGGCACUGACUCUACUGUCGAUGAACAUCUAAGGUCCACCAAUUUACUAGCACGAAAGAUAUCUGAUGCACAAGAGAUUCAUGAUGAUAAAGAUUGUUAUGGAGGCAAUUAUUGCAUUCCUUCAAGCCUGUCAAGUGGAUUAGUCAGAUUUCAGAAUCUUAUUGAGUUAAUACCUCGAAUUCCCAAACCUAUAGCUCUUAGUGGUUUGGUUGGUCUUCAUUGCAUUACCGGUUUUAAUAUUCAGUUUAUUGAGAACAUUUGUGGUGAAAGUGGACGGAGGUUAAAGGUACUUAAAGAUCCACACUCUUCUAACUCAUGCAAUGUGGAGGCUGUUCGCAAAUGCCAUUGCCCAUUCCCCAUUGUGUCAAGUGUAUUAGUAAAGAUAUCUGAUGCACAAGAGAUUCAUGAUGACAAAGAUUGUUAUGGAGGAAAUUAUUGCAUUCCUUCAAGCCUUUCAAGUGGAUUAGUCAGAUUUCAGAAUUUUUUUGAGGUAAUACCUCAAAUUCCUAAACCUAUAGCUCUUAGUGAUUUGGAUGGUGUUAAUUGCAUUGCUGGUUUUAAUACCAAGUAUAUUGAGAACAUUUGUGGUGAAAGUAAACGGAGGUUAAAGGCACAUAAAGAUCCACACUCUUCUAACACAUGCAAUGUGGAGGCUGUUUGGAAAUGCCAUUGCCCAUUCCCCAUUGUGAAGUACAGUGACUAUAUUGAUGACAUAACUGGAGGAGAAGAGAAGGUAAAGAUUUCGCUGUUAAAUGGCAGGAGUGCUGAAGACCUGCCAACCUUCAAAUAUAUUUCACAUAAUUUAGUUCAUGAUAAAGCUUAUGUGAAUUUUUCACUUUCUCAUAUAUCGGAUGAAGAUUGUUGUUCAAAUUGUUUUGGGGAUUGUCUAUCAUCACCUAUACCUUGUGCAUGUGCUCAUGAAACCGGGGGUGAAUUUGCUUACAUGCCCGGGGGACUGGUGAAGGAGAAGUUUCUGGAAGAGUGUAUCUCUAUGAAUUGGGACACAUAUUUUUAUUGUCAGAAAUGUCCGCUAGAAAGGUCUAAGAACAAGAAAUCUGACAAAUGCAAGGGCCAUUUACAGAGAAGAUUUAUAAAGGAGUGCUGGUCUAAAUGCAGAUGCAGUAAGAAGUGUGGAAACCGGGUUGUUCAGCAUGGCAUUUCAGCAAAUGUGCAGGUGUUUUUUACGCCUGAAGGGAAAGGGUGGGGUCUUCGAGCACUUGAGGAAUUGCCUAGAGGUGCUUUUGUUUGUGAAUAUGUUGGAGAAAUACUUACCAGUUCGGAAUUGCAUGAGCGAAACCUGCAGAGCUCUGGUAAUGAGAACCAUACCUACUCAGUGCUACUGGAUGCAGAUUGGGGUUCAGAGCAUGACUUAGAGGAUGAAGAAGCCCUUUGUUUGGAUGCAACAGUAUAUGGAAAUGUUGCAAGAUUUAUCAAUCACAGAUGCCAUGAUGCUGCCUUAGUUGCGAUCCCAGUUGAAGUGGAGACUCCAGAUCGUCACUACUAUCAUCUCGCUUUUUUCACAAGAAUGAAGGUAGAAGCCAUGGAAGAACUGACCUGGGACUAUGGCAUUGACUUUGAUGAUCUUGAUCGUCCUGUGAAGGCUUUCAAAUGCCUAUGUGGAAGCCAAUUCUGUCGAGGCCUAAAUCAUUGAAAGAGGUGGUAUGAGCUUGAUGUCGUCAUCGUGUUUAUAAAUCAUUCUAAUACUAAAUACAAACUUGUUUAAUUGGAUCACAGAUGUUCCACAUUUCUAAUUCUAGUUCUAAGCAAAGGGGAUCAGAAAGAAGCUACCUAUUUUGUAAAUAUAAAAUCAGUCUGACUUUUAGUGCAGUUAAAGCAGAA